AUGGCUUACCUUUUCGAUGAUCAAUACCAGCUCGACGAGUACCAGGGUCUUGUUGAGAACCAAAAGCCCGAGGGCGGCAGCGAAGUGGCCGUUGACGUUCUCGAGUGGCCGAGAGACAAUCCUGAUCCAAGCGAUCCAUUGUUGAAAAGCAUUGCGGUAGACCAGCUACCCAGUCUUCGACAGCCUUCUUUACGCAUAAUACUUGCUCCCUUGGAUGAGCCCAACGCGCGGACGCUGAAAGUUCUGACUUCUCUCUAUCGCCAAUUCAACGUACCGCCCUGUUUCCUGACGGAGAGGACCCAGAGCGUGACGCAUUCUUUUGGCGUGCGCGAAGACGACAGUGCCAGCUAUUCUUCGUGGUUCCAUUAUCUGUUCAAGAACGUCCAUGUCCAGCGAGACGGUGACGGUGUCCCACGCAUCCUUUCGCCACUGCGCAACCCCCAGAGCCAGUCUGAUCAAAGCUGGAAUAAAGCCGGGUUCUUCCUCCAGCAGUCUCGGCCUGACGGUCCAGUGACACUGAUAUGCUUUGGUCCUGGGAAGCCUCUGGUCCGUCGCUUGCAGCGCCUAGCUUCUCAUGCGAAAUGGCAUGAUGCCGUGGUUGAUCCAUACGGUCUAUUUGUCGUUGUCCUCAACGAACUCUUUCUCCAGAUGGAUGGCUUGGUAUGGGAGCUUAGUUCGGUCUUUGGAGCCAUGGAAUAUCACGCGCUGAACGACCUCGGCGCCACACCGGACUUUGUCGGCUUGCACAACGUGGCGAAGCAUGUCGUCUUCAUGAAAGAGGGCAUCGACGCCGCACUCGCCACCCAUCAAAGCAUGCUGCAACACCACGAACAGCGCUAUCAAAUCAAAAGCCCGAAUGCCCCCGCACCGAUUCCGAAGGCGACCCACAGCGCCCUGCAACACCAGGGCGAGCUCUUCAGAUCAAUCUCAAUCCGCCUCACGAGCCUCGAUCGCAGAAUGCAGAACAUCAUCAACCUGGCGAGUUGGACCCGCCUCACGUCUCUCGCUCUGAGCAAGAACUAA